AUGAUGGAUAAUAAUAUGACUGCUGAAUGUUUGACGUUAGAUUUUGGACCUUUUGAAACGGUUCAUCGUUGGCAGCGUAUGCCUGAGUGUGAUGAAUUUGUUGGAGCUAGGCGCAGCAAGCAUACAGUAGCUGCCUACAAGGAUGCAAUCUAUGUAUUUGGUGGUGACAAUGGUAAAAGAAUGUUGAACGAUUUGCUGCGGUUUGAUGUAAAAGAAAAAUCAUGGGGACGGGCUGUUGUAACUGGAAGUCCUCCAGCUCCAAGGUACCAUCACUCGGCGGUUGUUCAUGACUCAUCAAUGUUCGUAUUCGGUGGAUACACCGGUGACAUUCACUCAAACUCUAACUUGACAAAUAAAAAUGACUUGUUUGAGUAUAAAUUCCAAACAGGCCAGUGGACGGAGUGGAAAUUUAUUGGUAAAACUCCAGUAGCAAGAUCAGCACACGGCGCGGCUGUUUAUGACAAUAAGUUGUGGAUAUUCGCUGGAUACGACGGAAAUGCUCGGCUUAAUGACAUGUGGACAAUAUCACUGUUACCUGGAGAACUAAGAAUUUGGGAACCGGUUGUACAGUCUGGUGAUUAUCCGCCUACAUGCUGUAAUUUUCCCGUUGCAGUAGCACGAGAAUCAAUGUUUGUAUUCAGCGGACAGAGUGGCGCUAAAAUAACAAACAGUCUGUUUCAAUUUCAUUUUAGAGACAGACGGUGGACUCGUAUAUCUACUGAGCAUAUAUUACGUGGAGCACCACCACCACCUGCAAGACGUUACGGCCACACAAUGGUAAGUUUUGAUCGUCAUUUGUAUGUAUUUGGUGGUGCUGCUGAUUCGACAUUGCCUAAUGACCUUCAUUGUUAUGAUUUGGACACACAAACUUGGAGUAUUGUAAUUCCCUCGAGCGACAGCGAAAUUCCAUCUGGGAGAUUGUUUCACGCUGCGGCUGUUAUUGGUGAAGCUAUGUUUAUAUUUGGAGGCACUGUUGACAAUAAUGUACGCUCUGGUGAGACUUACCGCUUUCAAUUUUCAUCUUAUCCUAAGUGCACUCUACACGAUGACUUUGGAAGACUGUUAAGUUCCAGGCAAUUUUGUGAUGUUGAAUUUGUAGUUGGGAAAGACACUAUGGAGAAGAAAAUACCGGCCCACAUUGCCAUGGUAGCUGCAAGAUCCCAAUUUUUAAGUUUAAAAAUUCGUGAAGCGAGAAAAAAAUUAGCUGCUGCAGCUGCCGCUGCUAAAAUUGCUGAACAAGAUAAAGAUAAAGAAGACAAAAAAAAUACGGGGGCUAAAGAAUUAUCAUCAUCUUCGUCAGUAGCUUCAUUAUUGGAAGUAAGACUUGAAGAUGCGGUGCCAGAAGCCUUUGAAAUGGUUCUAAACUAUAUUUACACUGAUCGUAUCGACCCGACAAAGAGUAUUAGAGAUCAACACCAACAACAAUCAGAGCAACAACAGCAGCAGACUAGUAACAGAAUUGUUUUACUGAUGAUGGAUGUUUACAGACUCGCAUUUGAGUUCAAUAUGACGAGAUUGGAACAGUUGUGUGUUCAUUAUCUUGAAGCUACUGUCAAUCAUACUAAUGUUUUAGAGGCACUACAUAAUGCUGCUCAUCUUAAAUUGUAUUUUAUUAAGGAAUUUUGUUUGAGUUUUGUUGUCAAGGACAGCAAUUAUAAUCAAAUUGUUAUGAGUCACGAAUUCGAGACACUAGAUCAACCACUGAUGGUAGAAAUAAUUCGCCGUAGACAAAUUCCGCAAACAACGCGGAUUUAUUCAAAGCAAUACGAGCUGGGUACUGGUACAACGUUGGAACAGGAUAUGGAAAAAUUUUUAAAAAACGGUAAAGAAUUUUGUGACAUAACUUUGAUGCUACGUGGUGAUCCUUAUUCAGCUCACAAAGCUAUUUUAGCGGCGCGUUGCAGCUAUUUCGAAGGAAUGUUCCGUUCUUUCAUGCCUAAAAAUAACACUGUUAACAUACAAAUUGGUGAAAUGAUACCGUCGACAGAAUCAUUUGUAUCGUUAAUGAGAUAUAUUUACUACGCUGAUGUCUCGAUGCCGCCAGAAGAUUCUCUUUAUCUUUUUACUGCUCCAGUAUUUUAUGGAUUUACUAAUAAUCGGUUGCAGGCAUUUUGUAAACAAAAUUUAGAAAUGAAUGUCACUGUAGACAACGUUAUACCCAUAUUAGAAGCUGCUGAUAGAAUGCAAGCUAGUGAUAUGAAAAAAUAUGCUCUCAAUAUUAUAGUUCAUAAUUUUAGUAAGGUCGCGCGAUUACCACGAGUUCGGCAGAUAAGCCGUGAAUUACUUCUUGACAUCUUUGAUGCGCUGGCUGACGAACGAAGUGAAGCUCGAACUUGUCAAGAUAUCAUGCAGUCAAGUGAUUGCUGA